AUGGCGGAUAUUGGCAGCAUCAAAGACUACAUCAAUUUUAUGAUUGAUGAGGUGGCCAAGGUGCGGAAACAGACUGUUGAUCCCCAAACAAAGGAGGUAACGACGGACGGAAAGGCAAAACUUCUGGCGGCUCCUCUGCACUCUAAUCGUGCCAAAUUGAAGAAGAAGAAGGCAGGUGGCAAAGAGAAAGAUGCGGAGGACGAGGGUGAGCAGGAAAAUGAAGAGACGGAGUUUGUUCUUGAGGUUCCUACUGAUAAAUCUCAGGAGAAAUCUACACCCGUUGUUGGAGAGGCGGAUGUGGCGGGGGAAGAUGCUGAGAGGGAGAAGAGGAAAAAAACUGUGGCGGAUAAAGGAGGAGCCAAGCAUGGCGAGCAAAAGGGUGUCGACGAUUCUGGUUUGGAUACCGAGGGCCAUCAUGCUGAGCAGGCCGCUGCGCCGCAGAAAAGGAAAAUUUUUGCCUCCGCCGUUUCUCCAGAUCCUUUGAAGAAGAUGAAGAUUGUGGAGAAGAAUGUGGCGGUUGGUCACAAGAUGUUGGGGGAGCAACCUGAAUGCCGAGUUGGCGGCCUAAGAAAGGAGAAGGCUGAGAGAGAAGAUACCAUCACCCAGUUGCAGGAGGCGCUUACCGCCAAAGAGAAAGAGUUGGUGGACUUCCAGUCUGCUAGGCAGGAAGAGAUGGCGAAGAUGGCUGAGGAGGAGAAGGCCAAGAUUAGCUGGGAAACGGUGGAAGCUUUUAAGAAGUCUUCUGCUUUCUUGAAGCUUCUUACCAAGGCAACCCCGCUAAGUCCUAAGUUGGAAGAUGCCAAGGAAUCCGGGGAUGAUGAAUUGUCAGGUGGCGGGUCCUCUGGAGAGGGUAGUUCUUCUGGAGAGGGUGAUAGUCAAUCAGAUGGCAAUCCUGAGACUCCAACGCCGACAAGUAAGGCUGAGAAGAAAAAAAUAGGUACUCGUCAGCCUGUCAAAAUGCGUCGUCGUGGUGAUCGUACGUCGGGAUCCUCCUCCCAUGCUGGACAAGACUAG